AUGCCUCGUGCUAGGAAACAGCAGCAGCAGCAGCCGUCGUCCGGUGGGUCCAUUGGUCAGAGACAACAGGUUCCUGGCCAGGGCCUGGAUCAUUCCGGUCAAAACCAUCUUCAACAGCAGGGCCAACAACAAGGUCAUGGCGGUGAAGAAGAUUACGGACCUCAUGAUCCGGCAUUGAUUGAAGCCACUAACACGGCAGCCGCGGCCAUUCGCGCUGCUACAGCUGCUAAUAUUUUGGCGGGAAACCCUGGGAAUGAUAAUUCAGUGGUUGGUGGAUUAAAAGACGCGAAUGGAGUCGAGUCAUAUGUCGAUACUCGGUUGACCGACGCUCAUCACCAUCACCAUCAUCACCAUCAUGGCCUGGAUGCGGCUGCUCAUCAUGGAUUGGGUGCUAAUUUAGACCCGGCCGUGGUCGGCAUGGGUGUAGGUGGUCAUGGACAUCCUCAGAUGGGUCAUGUUCAUGGAAAUCCUGAAGACGAUGAAGCGGCUGCUAAAGCUGUGGCAGCAGUGGCUGCUGCAGUCGCUAAAGCUACUGCUUCUGCAAAUGCCAAUGGUGGGGGUGUCGGUGGAGUUGGUGUUGGAGAAGUCGGUGGUGUGGGUGUUGGUGGAGGUGUGGAUGAUGUGGAUGAUGUGGUUGACGACGAUGUUCAUGACCCAGACGCUCAUGGGUCGGAAAAACCCCGUGUCAAAAGAACAGCCAUUACUCACGAACAGCGGAAAACGCUGCGAGAAUGGUUCUUUUCCCAGGAUCCUAGACCCAGUCAGGCCAAAUCGAUCAUCUGGUUUCAUGAGAAGUUCGGUCGAGUCAUUAGUCAGGCAGCCAUUUCUCAUUCGCUUCAUGAUCGAUAUAAACAUCUUGAUUUUGCUGCGGGAGCUCCAUCGUCAGCAUUCCGUCAAAGAAGUGCUCAAUGGCCCGAACUCGAGGCAAUUCUAUUCGACUAUCUUCAAGCAAUUGAAAAGAAACGCGGUAAAAGCGCGUUUCCAUCAUCUGUUUCCGGUGAAACUCUGACCAAAGCAGCCAAGACUAUCUGGCAGCAGAUUCCAAUUUACGCUGACCAGAACCCUCCUACUUUUUCUAAUGGUUGGGUGUCACGGUUCAAGGGACGGUAUAAGACAUAUAAACAGUAUGGAGAUGCUACAGCAGUGGAUAUUCGAUCGAUUCAACAGCUGACUGCAAACUAUACUCCAGACAGCAUUUAUACUAUGGACGAAACAAGUUUAUUUUGGCGUCGUCCACCCACCGCCAGUGCUACGAAUAAAGACCGGUCGAAAAUCACCCUCAUUCUGUGUACUAAUGCGUCUGGUACUGAUAAACUGCCGUUAUGGGGUAUUGGACGAGCUCGUGAGUACCGUAGUUUGGCCAAUGUGAAUCUUGCUGCUAUUGAUAGUCACUGGCGGUCGAAUGAGAACGCGUGGUUGACGGGGUCGAUUAUGGAAGAAUGGUUACAGUCGUUUUACGAGCAUGUCGGCUCCCGUCCUGUGUUGCUGGUAAUGGACAAUUUCUCGGCACAUAUCCAAGGAUUAGCCGAAUCACCGCCACCAUCUAACGUCAGAGUACAGUUUCUGCCGUCGAAUUCAGUGUCGUUUUUCCAGCCACUGGAUAAAGGAGUUGUUGAACAGUUCAAGAUUUUGUACCGGAAACACUGGAUCGAUUUCAUGGUGCAAUGCUAUGCCAAAGGUCAGAACCCAUUGGAAGUAGUUACAAUGCGCGAGGCUCUGAGAUGGGCUGUCAAAGCAUGGGAUCACGAUAUCACGCCCGAGGUAGUUAAAUUUGCGUUUCACGAAGCUUCAGUUCUGCCAUCGCUGAAUAAACAAGCCAAACAGAAGCUGUUAUCAGGAACCACCAAUGCAAUCAUGAACAAUACUCACAACAACAACAGCAAUAAUAACAAUAACAACAAUAAUAUUAUGCCCCCGCCAUCGUCAAGUAUGCUGGAUCCUAGUAUUGCCGGAGUUGGAGCUGUCAGCAGUCCUGUUCCUGGAAACACGGUGAUGCCGUUCCCCACGCCCCAGAUCCUCGAAACCAGCUAUGCUCAAUUAUGGCAGACUCAGCAGCUGGCUGAUAUGAUUGAUCUUGGCAAUUUCAUUGCCUUUUCAGCCGAAGAGUCCGUAGGAGUCGAGGAUGUCGACGAGUCUGAAGUGUUACAAGCCAUCAUCAACUACCACUUAGGGCUGUCUCAGGUGGAUGAUGAGGACGACGAAGAAGUCACCGACUCGACCGCUGUGAAACUGCGAGGUGUCGGCACCGCCCAAGAAGAGGCACUACAACCGACUCCACACCAGGUCCUGGGCUACCUCGAGGUCGUCAUGAACUUUGUCGAGCGCCAAAACUUCACAACCCGGUCACAAAUGCGUGCUCUCGAGGAGAUCGAGCUCGAACUCGAGCGCCGAAUCAACUAA